UGAAGUAACAAAAAAAAAAAAAAAAAACAAGCCGAUAGCAGCGGUCGCCUUCGCGCACGCAUACAGCAACCCAACCAACUACCAGUGUGGACAACAACCAAAGAGGCUGCGCGGAUAGCCGAUAGCAGCAGUCGCCUUCGCACACACAUACCAAUAACCCGAUUCAAUUUUUGAGUUUUUCUUUCCAUUAGGGUUAAGUAAAUAACUCAAUGAUAGCGAAGGUAAGCUAAAAUAGAGAAGGACAGCAGCUCAAGAAUCAAAGACACUUGAAAUGAGUGCAGGUGGUGCAUUUGGUGGAAAUAGAGGAUUGAGACCAGUACCACCAGAAAAGGGCAUCUUCCCCUUGGACCACAUGCAUGAAUGUGACAUGGAGAAGAAAGAUUACCUCAAUUGUCUCAAAUCUUCUGGUCACCAAUCUGAAAAAUGUAGACUUUUCUCCAAAAAGUACCUGGAAUGUCGUAUGGAAAAAAACUUGAUGGCUAAGCAAGACAUGUCAGAACUUGGGUUUGGAAAGGUUUCUGAGAUAGAUGCUCCUGGUGAAAAACCCAAUGAGAGAAUUAAUAACUGAUCUGGAACUAGUGGCUAUACGAUCUGGAACUAAAGGAUGAAGAAGAGGGUAUCACAAAGUUGGAAAAGCUUUUGCGGUUCAAACUGAGUCAAUGGGCAUUUUCAUUUUCUUUUUCAUUUGACUGAUGUACGUUUCAUUAUGAUCAAAGACAGCGAAUGAAGCGAAGAUAUCAAACCGUUACAGGGUUUGAUUCAAACACUUUUAAGGACCUAGACAGGGAUGCAUAAAUUUUUGUAACCAACUGCUGUGUUGAUCAUUAACAGUUUGCUAACAGCUUUUGCUGAUCCUGCGUUAUCUAAACAGGACAUUGGAAUUA